UCUCCUUCGCCUCUCCCUCCACCUCUACCUCUUACCUCUACCUCUGCCUCCUCCAUUCUCACCUACUCUCUCUCUCCUCCAUUUCCCAUCUCUCUCUCUCUCUCUCUCUCUCUCUCUCCAUUGUCUGUGGGGGUGGCCCGCCUGCUUCGAUCCGAUCGAGGUUCUUUUGAUUCGGUAAAGAUGGACUUGUUCUUGAAAAACGAGGAUUGUUUACCUUCCCAGAUGGACAUCGUGAAAUGUCCUUUUUUGAGGAACAUUAAUGAACCGACUAACUUCUCGCUUGCCUCAGCGAUGCCUUUUGCAAUGCCUGUACGUGGAGCCAAAGGUCCGAUUUUUGAAGAUGGCCCCAAUUUUGACAUGGCAUUCAGGCUUUUUCAUGGUCAUGAUGGAGUAGUCCCACUCUCUGGAAGGUCAUUCUCACACUUGGAGAAAUUAGAGACAAAGCUUUCAUCACCACAGUUUAACCCAUUGGCUGCAAAGGCAGCAACGAUCAGUCUCUCUUCCUUUGGACCUGGAGGGCCAUUCAGCUUUGAUGCAUUCUCUGAGAAAUUUAAGAAUCAGAAAAAGAAGUCCAAUUCAUCUAAGAAAGACUCUUCCUCACAGGGAAAUUCACAGCACGAGGCUAUGAGCAAUGAGUGGCUGCAAACAGGGAAUUGUCCAAUCGCAAAGUCAUACCGGGCUGUUAGCAACAUCAUUCCCCUUGUGGCAAAAGUUCUACAGCCUCCCCCUGGCAUGAAAUAUAAGUGUCCUCCGGUGAUUGUCGCUGCCCGAGCAGCAAUAGCAAGAACUGCUCUCGCAAAGAACCUCCGACCUCAACCUUUGCCCGCAAAAGUCCUCGCGAUCGGGCUCCUAGGCAUGGCAGCUAAUGUUCCGCUCGGGAUAUGGAGAGAACACACAGAGAAGUUCUCUCCUUCAUGGUUUGCAGCCGUCCACGCAGCUGUUCCGUUCAUAGCGAUGCUCAGGAAAUCCGUACUGAUGCCAAAAUCAGCCAUGGCCUUUACCAUUGCGGCUUCAGUGCUGGGACAGGUGAUUGGCUCUAGGGCAGAGCGUUACCGGUUGAAGGCGGUGGCUGCUCAGAAACCAAGCAUCACGGACAAUUCCAUAGGGGUAUCGAGUCCGUUGCAAGUGGUCGAGGUGAAGAGCGGGCACUGCGGCAGCGCCGUCGAGUGGGACCGAGUCGCUCUUCAGGUGGCGGGGCCUUCUGCUUCCACUGAUGUGUUCUGUUGAUCUAUGGAACGGGGCGUCCCAUUUUGUCGAAUCCUCGAUUUGUGUAAGGUGGUGUUAUUCUUUGUGUCUUGAUCUGCACUCUGCUGUGGCUCUCCUUUAAAUAUUGUAUUUUCUUCUUGUCCGAUCGGCUGUUCGUGAAAUAAAAAACGAGGAAAUGAGGACCGUCUCGUGAUUAAGGAAUGAAAUUGCUGCCAUAUAAUUACUCUUUUA